UUCAGCAACGCUGUAAAUUGUUUACCUUUAAGCUGUUAUACCGAUUAUGAAUAUGAUCGCGAAGGAUUGGAUAAAGUUGAAAAGUGAUCAAGAAAGAAGCUUGAUGAUUCGAAGAGCACAGACUGGACGUAUAAUUAUUAUUUGCUCCUACUGUGUAAUGGGUUUAGCAUGCUUCUUUGUCACAGUACUGCCUGCUUUUGGAAUAUCAAUGAGACUCACUCCCAACAUUACUGAUCCAGGAAGGCCACUGCCUGUACAAACUCAUUACAUUUACGAUAUAACAAAAAGGCCACAGUACGAAUUGACAUUUAUUAAUCAAGCCAUCAGUGUAGCUAUCGCCAUGACGGCCUAUACUGCAAUAGACAAUUUUCUUAGUCUUCUGGUUUUUCAUAUAUGCGGUCAGUUAGACAUUCUCAAGAAAUACUUGCAAUAUUUGGAUAAAAACAUAAAUUAUCACGAAGUUCUGAAAUGCUGCAUAGUAAAGCAUAUCCGUUUGCUUAGAGCUAUUGAUGUUAUUGAAGAUACAUAUAGCACAAUACUUCUCUGCUUAUUUGCAUAUUUUACGGUAACUUUUGCUUUCUAUGGAUUUCGGAUGAUUAGCCUAUUCGACGAAGGAAACGAUAUGUCCUUCGCUCACAUUAUAUAUUUUGUUUCUAUUGUUUUUAAUAUAUUUGCAAGCAUGGGUUUAUAUUGCGUUCUCGGUGAAAUUUUGAUGUCCCAGUGCAAUGAAAUAUAUUAUGCGGCAUUUAAUAAUAAAUGGUACACCCUAAAUCGAAAAAUUGCAGAAGAUUUAUUGUUCUUGAUGACAAGAGGUUCUAAACCAAUCUAUCUGACUGUUGGAAAAAUUUCUCCUGUUACAAUGGCCACUUUUUGUAGCUUAUUAAAAACGUCCGUUGGUUAUAUAUCCGUUUUGCAUACGACAAAAAGUUGAUUUAAAAAAUAAGAAGAAUGUAAAGUUUCUUU